AUGGCGCCCUCACUCGCUGUCGCAGCACCGCCGCCCGUGCUCAAGCCCUCCGCCAACGCCCUAGUCGCCCCAGCUGUCGAGCCCGCCCGGACAUCGACAUCCUCGGCCGGCCAUGACUACAAGGGCUUCGUCGCCGGUGUCUUCAGCGGCGUCGCCAAGCUCACCGUCGGCCACCCCUUUGACACGGUCAAGGUGCGCCUGCAGACGACCGACUCGAGCCGCUUCCGGGGCCCGCUCGAGUGUGCGAUGCAGACGCUGCGGAACGAGGGCGUCCGGGGUCUGUACAAGGGGGCCACGCCGCCGCUGCUGGGCUGGAUGUUUAUGGACUCCAUCAUGAUGGGCAGCCUGAACGUGUACCGCCGACUCCUCUCCGACCGCGUCUACGGCGUCGACAAGGCGGCCCUGCCCUCCUCUGGGCACGGCAUUGCGGGCAUGAUGGCCGGCGCGACGGUCAGCUUCAUCGCCGCCCCCGUGGAGCACAUCAAGGCGCGCCUGCAGAUCCAGUACGCGGCCAAAAAAGCCGACAGGCGCUACUCGGGCCCGCUGGACUGCCUGAGCCGCAUCUACAAGCAUCACGGCGUACAGGGUGUCUUUCACGGGCUGUCGGCGACGCUCGUCUUCCGCGCCUUCUUCUUCUUCUGGUGGAGCUCGUACAACGUCAUCUCCAACGCCAUGCGGCGGCACACGGCCAUGAGCACGCCGGCCAUCAACUUUUGGGCCGGCGGCUUGAGUGCCCAGGUCUACUGGCUGACGUGCUACCCGAGUGACGUGGUCAAGCAGAGGAUCAUGACGGAUCCGCUGGGCGGUGGGCUGGGCGACGGGCAGAGGCGUUUCCCGCGCUGGAAGGACGCCGCGAGGACGAUUUAUCAGGAGCAGGGCAUCAAGGGGUACUGGAGGGGCUUCCUGCCGUGCUUCCUCCGGGCGUUCCCUGCGAACGCCAUGGCGUUGCUGGUGUGGGAGGCUGUGUUUAGGAGCUUGCCUGGGUGA